GAGGUGCCAAGCCGGCGGGGGAGAAGGGGCUUCUCCUCAGGCGCCGGGCAUCGGGCUCUCCAGUGAUGUGGAGACUCCUGAGCAGGGUCUGUCUCUUGCUCCUGCCGCCCUGCGCCCUGGUCCUGGCCAGGGCGCCCCUUUCCUCUUGCCACCCGCAGCCCUGCCAAAUCCUUAAGCGGAUCGGGCACGCGGUGAGGAUCGGGGCGGCGCACCUGCAGCCCUGGGCUGCGACUGCCCCAGCCGGCGCUGCGGGCUGGGGGCCGCGCCAUGCCGUCCCGCUCGGAGGGCUCCCUGCCCGAGAGGAGGUGGGGGCCGAACCCGACGCCACCCCGCCGACGCCGAGGACGGCGGAGUGGAAGGGCCCCGGGUCGCCCUGGCAGGGGCGGUGGAGGACGGGGACCGGCUUGAGGAGCAGGGCGCGCUCGGGCCCCGGGAGCCUGAUCGGCGGCGAGAGUGGAGAGCGGGGAGACCCGCCGCUGCUGCCCAGGGAGGCGCUCCUGCUGGCGGUGGAGAACCUCAAGCGCGCCCAGGGGCUUCUGCCUUACAACCUUUCCCUGGAGGUCGUGAUGGCCAUCGAGGCGGGGCUGGGCGAUCUACCUCUCUUCCCCCUCUCUUCGCCCAGCGCCUCCUGGAGCAACGACCCGGUGUCCUUCCUGCAGAGCAUCUGCCACACCGUCGUGGUGCAAGGGGUCUCGGCCAUCCUCGCCUUCCCGCAGAGCCGAAGCGAGCUGUUGGAGAUGGACUUGGUCGCCACCGCGCUGCGUAUCCCGGUGAUCAGCAUCGUGCUCAACGAGUUCCCGAGAAACAGCCCGAAUCCCCUUCACCUACAAUUGAGCUUAGAGCGCUCAUUAAGCUUUGACGCUGAUGUUACUUUCUCAAUCUUGGCCUUGAACAACUGGUAUAAUUUUAGCUUGAUGGUAUGCCAGGAAGAAUGGAAUAUCACAGAUUUUCUCCUCCUCACACAACAGAGCUCUAAGUUUCAUUUGGGAUCCAUUAUCAAUAUCACAGGGAACCUCACAUCAACCAGCGACCUGUUGGCUUACUUGCAAGUUCAUCUGGAGAACAUUAAGGACACAACAUCAACGGUGGUGAUGUUUGGCUGUGACAUGGAAAGCACAAGGAGGAUUUUUGAAAUCACCAACCAGUUUGGGGUGAUGCCUCCUGAUCUUCAUUGGAUUCUUGGAGAUUCACACAAUGUGGAAGAGCUGAGGACAGAAGGUUUGCCAUUAGGUCUCAUCGCUCAUGGGAAAACAACACAGUCUUUUUUUGAAGACUAUGUACAGGAUGCAAUGGAGCUGAUUGCUAGAGCUGUUGCUUCUGCUACAAUGAUCCAACCAGAACUGGCACUUAUUCCAAGUACCACCAAUUGCUUAAACACAGAGGGGAAAAACCUCACUUCAGGCCAGUAUUUAUCAAAGUUUUUAGCCAAUACCACUUUUCAUGGGCUCAGUGGCCACAUUAAAGUAAAAGGCUCCUCCAUCAUCAGUUCAGAAAACAACUUCUUCAUUUGGAAUCUGCAGCACGAUCCUGUAGGGAACCCAAUGUGGACUCGCUUGGGGAGUUGGCAAGAAGGAAAGAUCACAAUGGAUUAUGGGAUCUGGCCAGAGCAGGCCCAGAGGCACAAGAAUCACAACCAGCAUCCCACACGUCUACACCUGAAGGUGGUGACCCUAAUUGAGCAUCCCUUUGUGUUCACAAGGGCUGUGGAUGAUGAAGGAUUGUGCCCAGCGGGACAGCUCUGCCUGGACCCCUUGACCAAUGAUUCAGCUGUGCUGGAUACUCUCUUUGAAAGCCUCCAAGAAGGCAACGACACAGUGCCCACCGAGUUUAAAAAGUGCUGCUAUGGCUACUGUAUCGAUUUGUUGGAAAAGCUGGCCGAAGACAUGAACUUUGAUUUUGACCUGUACAUUGUUGGCGAUGGAAAAUAUGGGGCUUUGAAAAACAGUCGGUGGACAGGGCUUGUAGGCGAUCUCCUGGCUGGGACCGCCCACAUGGCUGUGACUUCAUUCAGCAUUAACACAGCCCGUAGCCAAGUGAUUGAUUUCACCAGCCCAUUUUUUUCCACCAGUUUGGGCAUCCUGGUGAGAACCAAAGACACGGCGGCUCCUAUUGGAGCUUUUAUGUGGCCACUCCACUGGACCAUGUGGCUGGGGAUAUUUGUGGCUCUCCACAUCACUGCAAUCUUUCUCACCCUGUAUGAAUGGAAAAGCCCUUUUGGGAUGACCCCAAAGGGGAGAAACAGGGAUAAAGUUUUCUCCUUCUCCUCUGCCUUGAAUGUCUGUUAUGCCAUCUUGUUUGGUAGAACAGCUGCCAUCAAACCCCCCAAGUGCUGGACUGGAAGGUUUCUAAUGAAUCUCUGGGCCAUUUUCUGUUUAUUUUGUUUGUCAACAUACACAGCUAAUCUGGCUGCUGUCAUGGUGGGAGAGAAAAUCUAUGAAGAACUGUCUGGAAUACAUGAUCCAAAGCUGCACCACCCUUCACAAGGGUUUCGCUUUGGAACUGUGAGAGAAAGCAGCGCUGAAGAUUAUUUCAAGCAAAGCUUCCCAGAUAUGCAUGAGUACAUGAAAAGAUUCAAUGUGCCUGCAACUCCAGAUGGAGUUGAAUACCUGAAACAUGAUCCAGAGAAAUUAGAUGCCUUCAUCAUGGACAAAGCACUCCUGGAUUAUGAAGUGUCAAUAGAUGCCGACUGCAAACUUUUAACUGUGGGGAAACCAUUUGCUAUUGAAGGGUAUGGCAUUGGCCUUCCUCCAAACUCUCCACUAACCUCAAAUAUUUCUGAACUGAUAAGCCAGUAUAAGUCCCACGGCUUCAUGGAUGUGUUGCAUGACAAAUGGUACAAGGUCGUACCGUGUGGGAAAAGAAGCUUUGCUGUGACUGAGACACUGCAGAUGGGCAUCAAGCAUUUUUCUGGUCUGUUUGUGAUGUUAUGCGUUGGAUUUGGCUUGUCUAUUCUCACCACUAUCGGAGAGCACAUAGUAUACAGACUGGUGAUCCCACGAAUCAAAAAGAAAUCUAGGCUGAAAUACUGGCUCCAUACAAGUCAGAGAUUGCACCGAGCUCUAAAUAGUUCAUUUCUUGAAGACAAACACCAGCCUAAAGCAAAGCGAAUUGAAAAGAGGUCCACCACAGGGAACAGCCAGCAUUCGGUAUGGAACAUGGCCAGUCCAGGUAAUUGCCCUCGGAAGAAAUACAUCUGCAGCGAGGAGAGAGAGCAUGAAGUGGCGCUCAAACAGCAGCAGGACAUACCUCUCUCCCUCCUGAAGAGAGAUUCCCCAGCAACACUGACCACAAACGGGAAAGCGGACUCCCUCAACGUGGGUAGGACCUCAGUGAUCCAAGAACUCUCUGAGCUGGAGAAGCAGAUUCAGGUGAUCAAGCAAGAACUGCAGAUAGCCAUGAGCAGAAAACUGGAGCUGGAAGAGUUUCAGAGGACAAACAGGACUGCGGACCCCUAAGCGGCUGAACUCCAGCCCUCGUGACCCCUUCCCUGUAACAGUUAAUGCACCUUUUUUUUCUGUAAAGUCAGAAGGCGGGGCCAAAAUCAACAAGCAAUACUUACCUUCAACCAAUGGCUGCUUCCUGCAAAAUCAAAUUUGUUUGCAGAAGGCAGAAACACCCUUGGUUCCCUCUUAACUGGAGCAAAGAAAGAUCAGCUCCAUCUCCAUAGGAAGUUUCGUCUAUCAGAAAGGUUGACCUCAGGCUACAGGGAAGUCUUUAAGCUGCCAGGCCACACAGCUGCCCAGUUUUCUUCUCGCCACGCUCUCAAAUGGAAAUCCCACUUUGUAGCCCUUUCUGUGCAUUUUUUUUUUUUUAAAAGACUUAAACUGAUGAUUCAGAAUUGUGAGUCCUGGUUGUGCUUCGUUUGGCGUUUGCUAAUUGAAGUUGUUACGGCCUGCUUGGGGGAAUACGCCAUCACACACUGCAGAACCCCGGGGCCCUGUGGGUGCUAUUCUACUCCAUAUCCCAGUCUCAAUACUGGUGUAGAUAUCUCUCAAAACAAGGCACAAGGAUCAGUGUCAACAACAAGAACUUUCUCUUGCAGGAGCUUAGUGCUGAUCUACACAUCAUAAUCUUCUAUUGAUUAUUACAGUAUAAUAUAUUAUUAAUUAUACCCCCUUUUAAUAGACAUUCCAAAGAUAGUUUACCUAUGUGGAAGAUUAGAGGUAGCAGCAUUCUGGACUCUACCGCUUCAGAUUGCAAGGAAGGUACGCAAACGUUUGAACGAUCCAUCAUCCCAAGUGAAAACAAAACAGAUCUCCUUGGGUUGCUAAACCUUUCAUUCAGAUGUGUUAGGUUACUACAUGCACAGAGGUUUUUUCCCCCCUGUGGGGAAACAUUCAAAAUGUGGCUGCCUACCCACCAUCUUAAACGGUCCAGUCCAGAACUCUACCACCUCAUUCUGGCUCUUGUGUGUAGAUCAGCUUUCGGUGAUUAGGUGUAAUAUGCCAAAUUCUGCUCUUCUCCCCUUCUCAAAAUUGGCCGCCAGGGCAGGGCCCAGCCUCCCUCAGAAUCUUUCAAGGAAUCCCACAUUUGCCCUCAGCAGGCUUUGUACUCUAGUUUUCCACAAAAGAAUACUCUUUUUAAAAAAACAUUUUUUAAAA